AUGGCGCCUGACAUUGACUCGAUCCCUCACCUCUCGGCCGGGUCCUCCACUGGCCGGGCCCAUCCGUCGGCCUCCAAGCCAAUCGCAACCCCUUCUGCCAACAUGAACGCGGAUGGCAAUCCAAAGCAGCCCAACAUACUUUUCAUCAUGGCUGAUCAGCUGGCUGCCCCCCUGCUCAAAAUGUAUAACCCAGACUCGCGGAUCAAGACCCCCAACCUGGAUGCUCUGGCGGCCCGUUCUGUGCAGUUCGACUCGGCAUACUGCCCGUCCCCUCUCUGCGCCCCUUCACGCAUGAGUCUCAUUACGGGCCAGCUGCCAAUGAAAAUCGGCGCCUUCGACAAUGCCUCGCAAAUCGCCAGCGAGGUGCCCACCUAUGCUCACUACUUGCGCCUCAAGAACUAUCACACCGUCCUGGCCGGCAAGAUGCACUUUGUCGGUGACCAGCUUCAUGGCUACGAAACCCGUUUGACUAGCGAUAUCUACCCGGGUGACUACGGCUGGGCUGUCAACUGGGAUGAGCCUGACCGUCGUCUCGAGUGGUACCACAAUGCCAGCUCGAUUCUGCAGGCGGGUACCUGUGUUCGUAGCAACCAGCUCGACUACGACGAGGAGGUCAUGUACCGCUCUACCCAGUUUCUGUACGACCAGGUUCGAGAAGGCACCGAUCGGCCUUUUGCCCUAACAGUUUCUCUGACGCACCCCCAUGAUCCCUACACCAUUGAGGAGAAGUACUGGGAUUUGUACGAGGAUGUCGAAAUCGACUUGCCGAAGGUCAAGAUCCCCAAGGACGAACAGGACCCUCACAGCAAGCGCCUGAUGAAGGUGACGGACGUAUGGGACGAGAACUUUUCCGACGAGCAGAUCAAGAAGGCUCGCCGCGCUUACUACGGCGCCGUCAGCUAUGUGGACGAUUGUAUCGGGAAGCUUUUGAACACCCUCAAGAAGUGUCGUCUCGACGAGAACACCAUCGUCGUCUUCAGCGGUGACCACGGCGAUAUGCUCGGCGAGCGUGGCCUCUGGUACAAGAUGAGCUACUUUGAGUCCUCCGUGCGCGUGCCGCUGCUCAUCUCGCACCCGAAGCGCUUCGAGCCCCACCGCGUCAAACAGAAUGUUUCGACCUUGGACAUCCUCCCGACUCUCUGUGAUCUGGUCGGCACCAAGCCCAUUGCGGGCCUUCCGAUGGACGGGAUCAGCAUGCUGCCACACCUCGAGGGCCGUGAAGGCCAUGACACGGUCAUUGCGGAGUAUACUGGCGAGGGCACCAUCAGCCCCUUGAUGAUGAUCCGCCGCGGCCCGUGGAAAUAUGUCACCUGCCCUACCGAUCCACCUCAGCUCUUCCACCUGGAGCGUGAUCCCCACGAGCUCGUCAACCUUGCUCAGCUGGUCCGCAAGAAGGAGCAGUUAACGCCAGAGGAGGAAGAGGCUCGUAUCGCAUUUUCCGAUUUCGAGGCCGAGGCCGCUGAGAGAUGGGACUUCGACGCCAUUACGAAGCAGGUUUUCCUGUCACAGCGGACACGCCGCUUGGUAUGGGGGGCGUUGAACGUGGGCAAAUUCACUCCCUGGGACUACAACCCGGAUGACAAUGGCGUCAACAAGUACAUCCGCUCAUUCAUGCCCUUGGACGACCUCGAGCGGAGGGCGAGGUUCCCUGCUGUGGACGCACACGGCCGCGAGACAAGCAGCAUCAUUGCCCAUCAGGCCGGAGCCCUCGGCGAAUAG